AUGGAAAACCCAAUAAAUGGUGAUGAGAGUGUUGCGACAUCUUCAGCAAUUGAAGAUGCUCAAAGAAAGAAAGCUUCCCGGGGCACAAGUCGUGUCAUAAUAGACGUACCUACUGCUGCGUCAACAUCCCUUCUAGCACACAUUAGGGACAUCCCUGAUGCUGUUGGGUCUAUUAUCGAUGAGCCAUCUGCUGUUGUUUCACGCACUGAAGAUUCUGCCCAGGACCUAGAAGCACCAGAAACUCUAAAUUUCUCUCAUGAUAAACCUCCUUCUUUACUUCUUGACAUCGCAUCAAACAAAAAUCCACCAGAUUACAGGGGUUCUUACAAAUUGUUUCUUAAUCCAAGCACAACAGAUGUGGUUUGCACCACAACAGCAGAAGCUUUAGCAAUGGGCAAAAUUGUUGUAUGCGCCAACCAUCCUUCAAACGAGUUUUUCAAGCAGUUUCCAAAUUGCUGGAUGUACGAUAACAGUGAUGGAUUUGUUAGACUGACACUGAGGGCACUGGCUGAAGAGCCUGCUCAACCUACUGAUGCUCAGAGACAUGAGCUAUCUUGGGAGGCUGCAACAGAACGGUUUCUUAGAGCUGCUGGCCUGGACAAGUCUUCAGAGAAAAAAUUGUCUAGAAGUUCUUCAAACUUUAUGGCUGCCUCAUUAAAUUUGCAGCAUACAGUAGAUGAAGCAUCAGCAUAUGUGCAUCAUGUAGCUUCUGGGUUUGAGGUAUCAAGAAGAAUCUUUGGUGCUAUUCCAGAUAGCUUGCAGCCAGAUGAAGAGCUACGCAAGGAGCUUGGGUUGAGUAACGCUGCCAGGAAAUAA